CUGAGUCAUCAUGUCCGAUCUGACGCCUCAGAGCGACGCCCCCACCCCCACCACGGACAAGAUCACGCAGGCGGCCAGGGAGACCAUCUACCUCUGCAACUUUCGGGUGUCCGUGGACGGGGAGUGGCUAUGCCUGCGGGAGCUGAACGACAUCUCCCUAACCCCGGACCCCGAGCCGGCGCACGAAGACUCAUGGGAGGAUUUCACAGAUUUGGUGGAGCAAAUGCAAAUGCUUGAUGAGUUUGAAGACCCCAAAGAUCCCAUCACCAUCGAGAGGCUCAACCUGAUGAACAUGGCCAAGCUGAGCAUCAAGGGACUGAUCGAGUCGGCCCUCAACCUGGGCCGAACCCUGGACUCGGAUUACGCCCCCCUCCAGCAGUUCUUCGUGGUGAUGGAGCACUGUCUAAAACACGGCCUGAAAACCAAGAAAACAUUCCUUGGACAGAACAAGUCUUUCUGGGGUCCCCUGGAGCUGGUGGAGAAGUUAACCCCUGAAGCAGGAGAAAUCACAGCCAGUGUGAAAGAUCUCCCUGGACUAAAAACACCAAUAGGAAGAGGAAGGGCAUGGCUUCGCCUUGCCUUGAUGCAGAAGAAGCUGUCGGAUUACAUGAAGACUCUGAUCAACAGGAAGGACCUGCUGAGUGAAUUCUAUGAGGCGAACGCUUUGAUGAUGGAGGAGGAGGGCGCGGUGAUCGCCGGGCUGCUAGUGGGGCUCAACGUUAUUGACGCAAACCUGUGCAUGAAGGGAGAAGACCUGGACUCUCAGGUUGGCGUGAUCGAUUUCUCUAUGUAUUUAAAGGAUGGAGGCCACAGCAGCAAAAGCACAGAGGGUGAUGGACAGAUCACAGCAAUACUCGAUCAGAAGAAUUAUGUUGAAGAGCUGAACAGACAUUUGAGUGCCUCAGUGAAUAAUCUCCAAGCCAAGGUUGAUGCACUAGAAAAAUCAAAUACAAAGUUAACAGAAGAGCUUGCAGUUGCAAACAACAGGAUCAUAACACUGCAGGAAGAUGUGGAGCGAGUGAAGGAGGAGAGCUCUUACCUUCUGGAGUCCAGUCGCAAGGCAUCGAAAGCAGAUGGGAGCACAGAUGGACAGGUCCUGGGAGAGGCACGCAAGCAGCUCAAAGAGGAGACUCGUUUGGAUACGGAGAAGGAGCUGGAUGUGCAGAUGGGCAUGAGGCAGGAGAUGGAGAUCUCCAUAAGGAUGCUGGAGAGGGACAUGAGCGAGAAGCAGGACGCCCUGCAGGCCCUCAGGCAGCAGCUGGAGGACCUGCUGACGCUCAACCAGGAGCUGACCCACAGGUCACAGAGCUCUGACACGGCCGCGAAGCAGAAGAGUGACAUCAUUGGCCGCUUGGAGGAGAAGGCAAACCAGAUGGCAGGGACAAUUAAACAACUGGAGCAGAGUGAAAAAGAUAUGGUGAAACAGGCCAGAAGCCUUAAUUCUGCAGCAGAAAAACUCCUCCAGAAACAGCAUUAGGCCACAGAAAAAUGCAUACCGAGUUUCCUAAACCCGAUGUUGACUUUGAUUAUACAUUCUUGUGUAAUAUAGAUACAACUAAACUAGGACAUUGAUUUCCAGGUCGACCAUCCAUUGCAAUUUGUUUUAUUGAAAGGUAGAAUACUUUCCACGAGUUUCCUGAGAUUGCAACCCCUUUGCACCUGCUUCAGUUAGUGACAUCUAAAGCUGUCCCCCUCUCCCCCUGCGUGCCCCCUGUGGUUGUAAGCAAAGCUCCGUUAUCAGCCCAGGGAGAAAUACCAUGGGAUUUUAAGGCUGCAUAUUUGGCAAGAAUUCCUUCGCUGGAGAACAGUGUAGCCUUGACUCAAUACUUCUGAUGUGUGUGUGUGUCCUCUAUUAUACCAGACAUGUAGCUAGUGGAGUGUAGACAUGGAUCUGUGUCCUGCAGCUGUGCAGGUCUAAGAAAGCGCACCCUUUUCUAAACACAUCUUUGAGUGACAGAUGGCAGGUCAGCACAUUGCUGACACCCACACUCUGUCUCUGUCUCAGAGCCUUGGAAUAUGGAAACACGAGUUUAAGCCGAAGCCGUCGUCUGCGUUUUAUUUGGACCGGCAGGACAUGGUAGUCUGGUUCAGCACGAAUGUUUGGGCUUCACAAGAGAAUGCAGUAUUGUGACAGAGGACAAAUUUGUUGGUGUGGAUGUAGUCCUGACCCCAGCUUCAUAGCCUAGAGGGGAUGUGUUGAGCUUCUUGAAAAAUUUGAACCCACAAGUUUCAUCCACUUCUUUCUGGCCAGACAAUAGGUUGUGCAUUGAAGCUAGAAUUGAAUUUGGCAGUAGGUGUUUAAGAUAGAUCAAAGAUAUUUGAGUAUUUGACAGUACCAAACACCAAAAAUAAGUAUCACAGUCAUUAGUUGAAAAGAUUUUUGAGCCAUCUUUUAAUUGGUUGGUUGUUUAAUUUUACUUUACAAAGGUUAGGACAAUUAAAUUUGUUGGUGGUCUUCUUUUGUUGGUUAUUAGAUAGGUGAUCAUUUCCAGAGCGUGUGCUGGAGAGGCUGGCUCCCUCAGUUGGAGCAUUAAUUGCAUAGAGACUUAAUUUUUCUUGAAACUAAACAAAAUGUAUAACUGAUUAUAAUGAAAAGAAUUAUUCAGGUUUUGCUUUUUUUAUUUCCUAUUUGCUGAUGAAUCAUGUGCCUGAAAUACAUUGUUAACUCAUAUCAUUAGUAGGGACAGGGGAAUGAAACCUAGAGUUCCAAGGUCAAGAAACCAGCUAGUUCCAGUGCAUUAUCUUUAAACAAUCCAAAUGAAUAUGUAAGGUUUUAUCAUUUUUAUGAAAGUCAUGGUUGGGCUGAUAAUGUACCUGAUGCGUAAUGGAAAAGUGGAAAAUGUAUGUUUAUUUAACAUUGAUGUGAACUGUAGUAAAAUAGCAUAAUAAACAAGAAA